AUGGUUAAUUUUAACGGUGUUUACUCUUCUGUGUACCAGACAAAAUACGCUGGAGCUGGUUCUGCUAUUGAGUAUGCAGUCAUAAACCAAGCCAUUGGUGACGAGGAGGUAGAUCCCGAGGAGGGAAUGUGCUUCGGCACAUUAGAAGAUGCGCGUGCAUAUUACUACCGAUAUGCGGCUAGGGCUGGAUUUGUCGUCAAAAUAAGAACCACGGGCUGGGAGACCAUAAACGAUCAGAGGGUGGUUGUUAAUCAAGCUUUGCAUUGUAACAGAGAUGGAUACCGCACAUCCCGUGUAAAGGCACCCCAGAGAAGGAAAACAAUGGCCUCAACAAACUGCAAAGCCCGUUGCUAUUUGGCAUUAGAUAAAAUGACAGGGCAGUGGAGAAUUUCUCGAGUAGAGGUAUCCCACUCACACCCGCUUAAUCCGAAGCUAUCUGGAAUGUUCUCAGCAAACCGUCAGCUAAGUAUGCAUGUGAAGGACCUGAUACAGCAAAAUGACCAAGCUGGCAUUAGACCGAGUAAGAUGUACCAGGCACUAGCCAAUGCAGUCGGUGGCCCUGCCAACCUCACCUUUACAGAGAAGGAUGUUAGAAAUUACAUUAGUCGUCGCUUACGCAUUUCCGGGGAUGAGACGGAUCCAAAAGAGUUACUUAAGCACUUCUCACGAAUGAAGGAGCUCAAUCCAAACUUUUUCUUUGAAAUAGAUGUGGACAAAAACCAUAGCAUUAGAAAUGUGUUUUGGGCCGAUGCUCGGUGUAGAGCUGCAUGGGAAUAUUUUGGUGAUGUCGUGACGUUUGACACUACUUACAAGACUAAUAGGUACGACAUGCCGUUUGGGUCUUUCGUAGGUUUCAACCACCAUGGGAUGUCUACGCUUCUUGGGUGCACAUUAUUGCGGAAUGAGGACACUCAUAUGUUUGCUGACCGACACAUGUGGGUGCCAGUAUUUUUCAAGGACGAAUUCUGGGCUGGCAUGAGGAGCACACAGCGUAGUGAGAGCAUGCAUUCAGUUUUUGAUAAGUAUUUAAACAAUAAGAGCUCUUUGUUGCAAUUUGUUUGCCAAUACCAAAACUGUGUUAUAGACAAGGAGCAAAAGGAGCUUGAGUGUGACGCUGCUGAUUUAAGGGGUAUUAUCCCUUGUGUUUCCAGCUCACCAAUAGAGAAGCAGUUCCAGAGAGAAUAUACAAACUCCAUGUUUCGAGACGUUCAGGAUCAAUUUAUAAAAAAGGCCGAUUGUGACAUCUCCUUAAUCAACCAUCAUGGCACAAGUAUAGUUUGUGAAGUUGACCAACAAAAGAUGGUGUUUGACAUGUCAGUGUACAGCAGAUACCAAGUCGUGUAUUGCUCGCAGUCAUCAGGCGUUCAAUGUGAUUGCUUUAUGUUCCAAUCGAAUGGUAUUCUAUGCUGCCACAGUCUUGCUGUUCUUCUACAUUUUCGUGUGACAGCAGUGUCCUUACAAUACAUUCUAUCCCGAUGGAGUAAGAAUGUUAGUCGGAGACACACAUACAUCAGGAGUACCAUUGACAUGGACCGUUCUGAUGAAAGCAUGACAAUUUUUAGGCAAUUGUGUUCUGAUUUUUACAACAUCGCUCAGGAUUUUGUGGCUACUCCAGAGGUUGCUGCUAUAUUGCGUGAUGCCAUGGACAGUGCUCGGGAGAAGCUCAGAGAACACAAGGAAUUCGAGCAUCAAGUUGCACAUGUACCAAGUGCGAUUUACUCACAUACGCAUUAUGAGUGUCCCGUUAGCAUGGAUGAGCUACAUGGCCCACGUCGUGUUCCUACGCGAGGUCGUCCAACUUCCACCAGACUUGGGGCAGAUCUGGAAAAAUCUAUUAAAAAGAGGGCACGCAAAAUCAAGAACACUCACAAUCACAACAAGGUAAAUAUGAGAUCUACCCCGCUUUUCACGUUAUUUGUUUAUUUUAAGUUGGUUGAAUGGAUAAUAAGUGAUGAUGUUAUCUUUCAAUAUGAUUUGUCUGUUAAGGGACCUAAUGGUAAUGCACAACCAUCUCCUACAAAUGUGGCAACUUCCUACAAAGAUACGCAACCGGCUUGUUCAGAAAUGACAGACAAUUCGGCUAUGCACUCUGGCUCUUUCAUAUCACUAUUGAAUUCAUUCCAUAACGCUGAACAAUUGUGUAUGUGUACCUAG